UUCACUUUCCUUGCACAUAUACCAACUUGUCCUACCCUUCUUUCUUCAGGAGUUGCAUUGCCGAACGAUCUUAUCUAACUUCCAUCGUUCGAGCUUGGCUUCACCAUCAUCUCCUGGACAUUUUGAUUGUUAAAGAAUGCUUGUUUUAAGACAAUCAGGCCAGUCGUGCUACCAACAAUCUCCGUUGUCUUGUCUUACCUCUCUUGUUCCGUCGGAGUCGUCUCUUCUUCAUAGCGUGGCUGGGACAGUUUCCUGGAUGGCUCCAGAUAAAGGCCAGACAUAUCCCGCGCCGUCCCAUUGGGAACGACGUCGGAAUUAUGAUUCCAGUUCGUCCAGUGCCGGUGACGGAUUGUCACAGAUACAGCGUCCCUCAACUGCGAUCCCACCUUCUACCCCAAUUGGACCUGCGCCGAGUCUGCGACUGUCUACUAGUCCAACAACUCUACGCGGGUCACGACAAGAGGAAUCGAAAUCUACGACAUCACCACUGCAAGCAUUCCGAGCAUUCAUGUCUCGCGGCAACUCGGACGACCAAUCACGACCGGCGCGGAAACCAAAAGCGACGCCGCAACAACUCGAGAUUCAGGGUCCCCAAGAUCAGUUCGGAGACGGACGUCCUCCAAGGUCUGCGCCCUCGACCGUUACAAAAUUUCCACCAUCCAGCGGUCCUGGAGCACCCUCUCAGCCAACAUACACUGCGUAUGCGCCUCCCCGGCGAGCAAUUGAUUACAGCCCGAUAUCAUCGAAUCCUUGGGAGAAUUCCUCAUCGUCUCGUCGGUCACGCGCGUCGAUUCUAGGCAGGAGCAACUCCUCGCUAGUUCCGCCGAGUCCUCACCCUUCAAAUUGGCCUGCUCGGGAUUCGAGUAGGCUGAGACCAAGCGAUCUGCCAUAUGCCCGGACUUCUCAGGGUCAACGGACACUAUCACUCUCAACUCCGUCAGCUGAAGACAAUCAAGCGUCAUCUUUGUCACCGAGAUCGACAAGAAGACGGACUGAGUCUGAGCAGCAUCAUGAAGUCCUUGACAGCUCAGACUUUCGCUUAUUUGUUGAAGCGACUUCAGGAUUCAACGCUAUGUCUCUUGAAAACUCUGUCUCAUCGCCUCAGAACUAUACACUGCCGCAGACCUUCCUCCCGGCUCAACCGGACUUCUCUCCCGCCCAUCUAUCUACUGGGAUACAAAACAUACCAACCCAGUUGCAACGAUCGAUUUCUCAACCACCACCCGCCAACCGACCGCACUUCGACCCAAGCUCGAGAAUCACCUCCCCUCCAUUUGAAAGUUCUUACCCUAAUCCCACUGUAGUUGCGGCGACAACCGGGCCACUUUCACCACCCACGCGUCGCGGCGGUCAUCAAUAUUCAGAACGGGAGGUAUCUCCAGUCCGAACCGCCCCCUACCCCUUUCCACGACCGCCACCGACGCUCCGACCAUCCACUUCGGCGAGAAUACCGCGUCGCUCAAGUUUUGAGAGUGACGACGAUUCCGACGAUGAAUUACCGGAUUACGCAACUUCACAGGCCGAAGCAUCUGCCAAGCAACGAGCCGAAGCCACAAGAAGGGCAGCCGAACUUGAAAGCAGGUGGGCUAAUUCCCAAAGAGGAGGUUACCGAUGAAUGCAGCUCUCGAUCGAUAUAGACACUACUACAGGGAGACAGGCUUGUAACGUGUUUCAUCCCCUGCUCAUUGCCACGGCAGCUGUGGAAGCAUGUUUAGCUUGACGAAGCCCUCGAACGUUUCUCGAUAACUCUCCGACGAGUCCACAAAGCCGUGCCAACCCAGCUUCCUCGCCUUGCCCAUCCUCAUCUGAAUGGGGUGCGAGAGGAGAAGU